CCGGGCCCGAGCGGAUCGCGGUCUCGGGCUGCGGGCUCGGGCUGCGGGCACAGGGCGGGCCGGGCGCGGAGCCUGGGAGCGGAGCCCAGGCCGUGCCGCGCGGCGCCAUGAAAGGCAAGGAGGAGAAGGAGGGUGGCGCGCGACUGGGCGCCGCCAGUGGAAGCCCCGAGAAGAGCCCUAGCGCGCAGGAGCUCAAGGAGCAAGGCAACCGGCUCUUCGUGGGCCGCAAGUAUCCGGAGGCGGCGGCCUGCUAUGGCCGCGCGAUCACCCGGAAUCCCCUGGUGGCGGUGUAUUACACAAACCGGGCACUGUGCUACCUGAAGAUGCAGCAGCAUGAGCAGGCCCUGGCCGACUGCCGGCGUGCCUUGGAGCUGGACGGGCAGUCUGUGAAGGCACACUUUUUCCUGGGGCAAUGCCAGCUGGAGAUGGAGAGCUAUGACGAGGCCAUCGCCAACCUGCAGCGAGCCUACAAUCUGGCGAAGGAGCAGCGGCUCAACUUCGGAGAUGACAUUCCCAGCGCUCUGCGCAUCGCCAAGAAGAAGCGCUGGAACAGCAUCGAGGAGCGACGCAUCCACCAGGAAAACGAGCUGCACUCCUACCUCACGCGCCUCAUUGUGGCUGAGCGGGAGAGGGAGUUGGAAGAGUGUCAGCGGAACCAUGAGGGUGAUGAGGACGACGGCCACGUCCGGGCCCAGCAGGCCUGCAUCGAGGCCAAGCACGACAAGUACUUAGCAGACAUGGAUGAGCUCUUUUCUCAAGUGGAUGAGAAGAGAAAGAAGCGGGAUAUCCCUGACUAUCUGUGUGGCAAGAUCAGCUUUGAGCUGAUGCGGGAGCCGUGCAUCACGCCCAGUGGCAUCACCUAUGACCGAAAGGACAUCGAGGAGCAUUUGCAGCGCGUGGGCCACUUUGACCCUGUGACCCGGAGCCCCCUGACCCAGGAACAACUCAUUCCCAACUUGGCCAUGAAAGAAGUCAUCGACGCGUUCAUCUCCGAGAAUGGCUGGGUGGAGGACUACUGAGGCAGGGCCACUGGCCCCACCUUACCUGACACCCUGGCCCAGGAGGGCCUUGGGGCGAUAGCCCCCAACCCCUGUACAUAGUUUGUGCCCCUGGAUCCCUGCUCUGGUGUCCCCACCCCAUCCUCCAUCAGGUCUGCUGGUUGGCCAUGAGCCUCCCCGUCCCCCUUCUGGGCCAGAAACAGCAGGCUAGGGUGGCUUGGGCUGAGGUUGCUGCUGCCACCACUGUCCCUGUAAUAAAACCUGUGAGCAGUCA